AUGAAGCAGCUGCUGCUAAACGCACUGCCCGAGCAGAGGCUCAGCGCCGCCGGCGCCAAGAUCCUGCAGUGCGUGCCGCCGAAGCUGAAGCUAAACGGCGCCGCUCAUCGCCGCCGCCGAGAGCAACCAGAAGUAAACGCUGCUGAAGCUGAAUCUAAGCGCCGCCGUCGAGAGGACCCGGAAGUGCGCGACGCCGAGGCAGAGGCUCAUCGCCGCCGUCGAGAGCAGCCAGAAGUAAGCGCUGCUGAAGCUGAAUCUAAUCGCCGCCGUCGAGAGGACCCGGAAGUGCGCGACGCCGAGGCAGAGGCUCAUCGCCGCCGCCGAGAGCAGCCAGGAGUGAGCGCCGCCGAAGCGGAAGCCAAGCAAAAGGCAAGGAUCGCUAAGCCUGACGGUGCAACAAAAAUUUUCCAACGGCUGUUUAGAGACAACCCGUUUGGGAGGCUAUGUUCAGUCUGUGAUCGGCUCUGGUUCCAAAACGACUUGCAACCGCUACCGGACAGAUGUCACGAGACCCUAGAGCAAUCAUUUCCAAACUCGGACCUAACCCAAUUCAAACUGUGCUCGACCUGCAUACAAUCAGUGCACAAGGGUCAUAUUCCUCAUCUUUCCUCAAGUAACGGUUAUGUAUAUCCCCCGAAGCCAGCCCACCUCCCACAAUUGAACGCGGUGAGUGAGAGACUCAUAUCUCCACGAAUUCCUUUCAUGCAACUGCGACGGCUGAUGCACGGUGGAGGUCAACACGGCAUUAAGGGACCAGUAGUGAACGUCAUGGUUGAUGUGGACGACAUGGUGUGA